AUGCAUGUGAUUUUGUUUGCAGAACAAGAAGCGGUGGAGCCAGAGAAGGGACGUCUGGAAAAUACUCAAUUGCCUGGUAAGGCAGAAGUAAAAGAAAAGGUUUCCGCUCCUGAGGAUCGAAAGGCGGUUGAACUAGAGAAAAGAGCUCCAGAAAAUACCCAGUUGCCUGGCAAGUCAGAAAUAAAAGAAAAGGUUCCCGCUCCUGAGGAUCGAAAGGCGGUCGAACUAGAGAAAGGAGCUCCAGAAAAUACCCAGUUGUCUGGCAAGUCAGAAAUAAAAGAAAAGGUUCCCGCUCCUGAGGAUCGAAAGGCGGCCGAAUUAGAAAAGAGGUAUCCAGAAACUAACCAAAUCCAGAGCAAAGCAGUCGUAAUAGGAAAGGAUGGUGUAAAAGUGCGUAAAGAGAGACGACAGCUGUCCACUUCAGAAACCAGAAGACUCACCCAGAUCAACUGCGAAGAAGCCGGACGAACGGUUAAGUUACUAGAAGAUGAACCAUACUAUCAUGGCUUCAUGACGAGAGAAGAUGCGGAGAAAAUUCUCAAAAGGGAUGUGAGGAAGACAGACGUGGCCGGCCGUCAUCACUUUGUGAUUAGCGUGAUGCACAAGCAGACCGUGAAGCACUUUCUAAUCAAACGCACCGUCAAGAAGCGAUUAUUCUGGGUGCAUCGGUUCGCAUUCAAAACAAUUAGUGACCUUGUCCAGUACCAUCUCCGCAAUUCGGAGCCUUUGUGUGAUGACGAUGUCUCCAUACAAAAGCCGUGUCUUAAACAAGGGUGGCAAUUGAACCCAGAGCAGAUAGAACCACACGAGAAAAUCGGCGAGGGAGCCUUUGGUGAAGUAUACAAAGGGUUAUUGCAGGAUGGCAUGUGGGGAGCUCGAAUUCCAGUCGCCAUCAAAACACUUCACUCAACCCAGAUGACUGCGUCUGAUCGUAUUCAGUUCCUACAGGAGGCGAAUAUCAUGAGAGAAUUCAAGCAUGAGAAUGUCAUUCGUCUGCUUGGCGUGUGCACAUCGAAGGAGCCAAUAAUGAUAGUGAUGGAGUUGGCCUCCGGAGGAUCGCUGUUGAGUCGACUGAAAGAUUUCAAGAACCCGCCUUUAACCGCCAAUAAGGUGAACUACGUGUUUGGUGCUGCGAGGGGAAUGGCAUAUCUACAAAGCAAGGAGAUUAUACAUCGGUAA